AUGUCGCGCCGUAAGAUCCGCAAUACCGCCGAAGAGACCCUUACGCCCCCGGACUCUCUGGCUCCCGGUCAGUUGAUUGCCCGCGUGGUCAAGACCAACGGCAAAGAUCUCUACACUGUCCAGGCGCCCGACUCGUCCACGUUUCUCGUCGAACUCGAAGCCCGUUUCAGGUCCACCAUCUUCGUCAAGCGCGGCGGCUACGUCCUAGUCGACACCACCACCACGGCCGAUCGCGACAACAAGAUCCAAGGGGAAAUAGUCAAUAUCGUGGGCGAUGAGAAGGCCUGGAGGAAAAAACCGUUCUGGCCACAACAGUUCGUCAAGAAGACCGUAUCGGCCGACACUGCCGCCCUCGGACAGUGA